AUGGGUCUUUUCUCGUCGCCUGGUCGUCCAAAGGAUGAGACUAGUUGUCCUUACCAAGGUUCGAGUGGAAGUUGCCCCGUUGCAGAUGGAGCGGCUUCUGGUAUAAAUCCGUUAAAUAUGGUGAGGGCUGCCUCCCUGCCAGGCUUGACCUUGAAAUUUGUCUCUGUUUUUUAGUCUUCCGGAACGUUAUAACGUUCAGGCAAUAACCGACAAUGAUAAUUUCUUUCUCAACACUUGUGCUAGUAACUUCUUUUCUAGGCAACAAAGAGGCCUGAUUAGUGUUUCGUUGAUAUAAUUCUAUGCAGUCCCCGCGCAGAUUUUACGCAGAAUAAGUGUGAGAACCUCUACGUAGGAUAUUCCAACCAUCUGAUCAGAAUCUGCGCAGAAUCUAGGCAGAAUUGUUAUUUUGGGGUAUAACCAGCCUAUAGUUGUAAGCCUAUAUUUUUCAUUUUAUAUCGCGUUGGCAACUGUAAUAUUUGUUUUCGAAAGUGCGGUUGUUGUGUUGUCCACCAAGUAGUGACAGAAGACGUUAAGGGUGCCAUAUAGGGGAACGUCAAGCGCUGGCAUAGCUCCUGUUUUAAGUCAGAAUGAACAGAGUUGCUAGGUAUACAACAUAAUUCAUCCAGACUACAAGGUAGAAGAAUUAGGCAGGCACAAAGUAAAUAAUAUGAACAGGAAGGAAUCUAGUAUUUGGACAAUGGUUAGUGAUACAAGAAAAGAUGAGUCACAUCAGGAAGUUGACCCGUCUGGAUGGAGAGGCGACACUAACGUGCCAGCUGUGGGCACUGCGGGCAGCUGCAGGGAAGGGCCACUUGUAACGUGAUACAAUGCUUCCCUGAUCCACGUCUGCUUUCCGACCCCAUUCUCAUAACUGCCGUUUUUACCUCACAUGUGCCUUUUUCGCUUCAUGUGUGCAUCUGCAUUUUGCCUUGGGCAGCACAUCAACCAACUAACUGCCUGAGUUAAAUCUAAUCGUCGCCGACUACUCGUCUCGGUUUUCCAUUGGGAACAUCUCGACGAUAGUGGUGAAACACCAUAAAAAUGCCGUCUGUUAAUGGAUGACUGUUAGUGCUGUAUGAAUAAGUAGUAGGGGAAUGACCGAACGAUGGUCAGAGCCGGCCCAACAUCAAAUAGGACAAAUUGAGCAGAAAUCGAUUAUUUAUUAUGAUCAGAUGAAAAGGACUCAAACAUUGUGGCCCGCAUGCUACAGGUGUUUACCGUCAGUGAGCGUUUUCAAGUUGAUGUUUCAUCCCCGAACGCCUGUCUUCGAGCUCUGCAUCCUCUCCAGGUCUGUUGGCUAUCUGCUUUGUUAGUUAACCAUUCAACCAGACAAUCGCAGGCCGGUGUUUGGAGAGAUGAUAUCAUGAACAAAUCGCCCUUCGGUCUGAUUUAGCAGCACCAACACGAGACGUUCCUAAUCGGUGGUGAGGUUUCGCCUUAUACGCCUGGUUCGGCAGCGGAGACCCUAUUUCUCUCCAGUGACACCCACCGUGGAACAAAUAAAUGUCUUUCGAGGUAAGCAAUGUAUAGGGACUGCGUCUCACGCUUGUAAAGCAGGAUGAUUUUAAUCGUCAUCUCAGUCGAACGUGACUUCUGCUGCACUUCUUGUCUACAUUAAAGGCAUGUGAUAGUUACAUUCGCCAGUGGGUAGCAGGAACCAACGGGUGAGUAACUUGACCAAAAAUUAUUUAAACCUACGACACCUGAUUGCGAUCUUGUAGUUCAGAUGGUUACAGCUUUGGCUGUACUCAGACAUCGCGCUUGCCGUUGUGUGUUCCAACGCCACCAACAGGGUCUGUCAAAAAGACCUAUUAGACGGCCCUCUUGUCGGGACAGUUGGAAGCUAACUAGAGCACAAGAAAUGACAGGCAGAUGUCAGGUCUAAUGGUUUCCAUGUCCACCUUUUCACUAAGUUAGGUCAAAUUUCCUUGCAACAGACAGAGAUUUCUUUUCUAACUUGCCUUUUUCAUUGACGGUCGACGUCGUUGGAGACUUAUAAACUGUUGUAUACUUCACUCACAGUCAUUCACAGUCGUAUUGACCUUCCCCCGUCGGUCGGAACAGUGUGGUUGGGGGAGGAUAUGGUGAGCUGAUGUGGCACAGUGGUAGUCCUUCUCUUGGCACGAACAAACUUAUUACGCCGUUUUUUAGCUGGAUUUCCCGGCCGAAAUUUAUUCAUUGCACAGUGAAUUUGUUGGCACAGUCAGAAUUGGCCGGACUGCUGUGCGGUGCGCCCGAGCCACUUGUGCUUGACAGUCAUGCUGAAUUGGUCCACAAAUAGUCAUGCAUUUCCACUUGGACCUUGAAUGACUUUAUUACCUGUGAAUAGCUUACUCAACUUUAAUUAAACUGCUAGUACUUUUCACUCGCACACAACUGGUGAUCCAGAUGCUGAUGCAUUUGGAUAUUUGGAUCUUAUGAAAACUCCAUCAUGCCAGAUUACAUUGGAAUGUUUCACAGGUUGUAGUGCUCUACGUACCAAUACUACCAUCCUAUUUCCUACCUCUUCGCUCGGGAGCAGUAGAGGACUUGUGUCUUUUUUCGCCUACUGCCUCGAGCCUCCAGGAAGCCUCUUUGUUCUAAGCCCAGUUUACCGUCCGCUCAUUGUAUCUUCUUACGGCGAUGUUUGGUUUGUCUUCUCCGAAGAUGCCCCGCGAGAACCAGACUCCCAGUCCAGACCAACCUUUCCCCCUCUCCACGAGUCGUGAGGUCUCAAGCAUCCCCAAAGCCGACGGCAAGGAUGACGAACGGUGGGUCUACCCGUCGCCCCAAAUGUUCUGGAAUGCUAUGCUUCGCAAGGGCUGGCGUUGGCGAGACGAUCAGAUCUCACCGAAGGACAUGGACAACAUCAUCCGCAUUCACAACGCCAAUAACGAGUUGGCAUGGCGGGAGGUCCUAAAGUGGGAGGCCAUGCACGCGGAGUACGUUCUUUGGCUUUAGUCUGUCUACAUUUAUUUAUUUAUUUAUUUACCCUCCCCCCCGGCUUAUUGAUGAUGAUGGCAUUGCCGAAUAGUCGCUGGGAGACAUUUUAGAAUCAUGAUCUUGCUUAGGUAUUAAUUUCAAAACGUCACUGCCUGGGGACAGGGGUCGACUUCCACUCAGACCGGAUUGGAGGUCUAACCCGGUUUGUGAGUUGCAUUGCAACUUUUCGCCUUUAUUGACCACAGUCAAACAAAGCGCACGUAAUAUCUUAACGUUCAUCUAUUGAACUACUCAGGAUGGUCAUGCAGGGUCGCGACUCAAAUCCAAAGGCUGAAUGGCUGUGACGGGCACUAAGCUUUGUCGUAUGUACUGUCUGAUUAGCUAAGUAGUCAGUCCCACGACGACUAUGAAACUGUCCACUGCUGGACAAGAGAAGAACAGACCAGCUGUCUACAAACUGACCUUCUCGAAAUUCCCUGGUCGGAUGAGAGUCUAUUUUGGGGCUUUUGAUUAUGACACCAGUUGGUCUCGAAUCUUUUUGCCCGUCACAGUGGUAAGCCGAAAGUCUUGCUUUACGGUGUCUCCGCGCCUUCAUUGCAACCCGGAUUCCCUUACUCGACACGGCUACUUUUUUAAUUUUUAGUGAGUGUCUCACUCCAAAACUGCGGAGGUUUGCGGGUGACUCCCAGAACUACUCCCUGCGCGCACGAUUUCGUCGUAUGCUGGGGUAAGUGGCCCGGGGAAUUUGUGCAAUUUUUCGUUGACUGCCUUUGUGUCGCAAAGCGUUUUCCAACCCCUGCUGGCGCUUCAAGCACGGAUUUCGGUUAUCUGCCUUCGGCGACUGGAUGAGGCCUGUGCACAACUCUCAUUCUACGGCACAUGAGUAUCAUACUAGGCGUGCAAAUCACUAAUGCCACCUACUGACCGUACGAGUGUCGCAAGCGACGACGUCAGUUCCACUGUCGGCACAGUGCCCGUGACUUGCGCAGCAUCUAUCUAUGGUGGAUGCCGCCUAACUCAAAGGUCCUGCUUGUAUAGCAAUUCUUGUCAGGUCACUUUCUCUUUCCCUUUCCUCUCAUUUGUCUUCUCCUCGUCUAUUUCUCAUCAAGAAAAUCAAAACCCAUACUGUAUUUUCAAUUCUUUUCUUAUUGCUGUGACCCUCUGUGCUGUUUUAUCGCCACCGCCACGACUCCCAAUCCGUCUUCCCCGAAAUGGUGGAUUAUAAGGAGAUAUUUGAUUGGCAAAAAGACAAGGCCGCAAGGGGUGAAGUCUGCCCUCUCAAUUUUCUGCUAAGAUUCCAGCACAGACCACUGAUCCAUGCGAAGUGUGCUCGUUUCGUUUUGAAUACUGAGUUUAUAUUGAUCCAUCUGUGAAAAACUCGUCGCCUCGGUGAGAUUCGAACCCACACAGUAAGGGGAAGGCCUUAGUACAGCCAAGGCUCUAAUCACUUGAGCUACGAGGCCCCGCCGGACGACGCGAGUUUUAUCACAUUUGGGUCAAGUUACCCGCCCAACCUACUGCAACGCCUGGAAUCCACCAAAUCUGAUACAGUAAGUUGACUGCCCAAGCAGGAUUUCCUAAGUAAUUCACCUAGAAUCCACCAGAUGACUACCGAUCUCACGUAAUUCAUUAAUAUUUUGGAAGAUUUUGAGUAAUUCAUAUUGACCCAAUUGUGAAAAACUUUGCGUCUCGGUAUGAUUCGAGCCCACGCAGUGAACUCGCGUCGUCCGACGGGGCCUCGUAGCUCAAGUGGUUAGAGCCUUGACUGUACUAAAGCCUUUCCAUUACUGCGUGGAUUCUAAUCCCACCGAGGCGCCGAGUUUUCACAGUUGGGUCAAUAUGAAUUAUUCAAAAUCUGCCAAAACAUUUAUGGAAUACUGAGUUGUUUACGCGAGUUAGCACUUUCGAUGCAAUAAGCCAGGUCUGAGCACAGUUUUGAGCUUCCAGGACGUCAGAUGUCGAAACUUGCUUACUCGUUGUGAUGAAUCGAAUUCCCCAGAAGAACCGGAGCGAAGAGUCCAGUCAGCCUAGGCCAUGGCGGAGCACUGUCUAGUCACCGUAGCUGUGAAUAGAUUCAUCGUGCCACCCGAAACUGGACUCGCUCACGGGCCUAACUUCGACACUCCGGCCAAAAGAUCCUAUCGAAAACAAGGGUCAGUCAGCCGUCUUAUACCUUCAGUGCAGCUAUUGAGAGGGCGAUUACGACGAAAGCCAGCCGUGAACCCCAGUCGGGUACUUGGAUACCUGAAACCAGCAGCGGCAACCGAUGUCGCGAGAACGGGGUCUGCUUUCAACUUUGAUGUCGUUGAAGUUUUGGAUAGGAGAGGGGGGGGGUCGAUUUCACGCCAGGAUAGGUGCAAGAAACCUCAGUGUAAGUCGACUGUUCGGUUGGCUGUUGCACGUACUUACCGUCGUCCUGUCGGGCCUCGCGAACCUACUUGACAAGAAGUAAUCAUUACGUGACACUGUCGAGACCGCCACUUACGGCUGCGGUCAGCGGGGCGGACUGGGCAACGCAGACCACACGACGCUGACAAGGCUAGGCGGUCCGUCUACGCGUGCCACACACGACCCUGUCCUUACUACGUGUGCCAGGCUUCGGUCUCACCAGUUGGUUGAGGGACUCGGACGGUCGACUGGUGCGUGGGGGCAGGAAGAGAAAGCGAGGAAUCCAUCCCCCCCCACCCACGGCACGUCAGCGCAGUCUGCACUAAUAAUAAAUUUGAUGCACUUGGAUGGAUCACGAUGUGCUAGGCGUAAUGCCUUGGAAGACUGUCAUUUUAGCGGGAAAACUCGGUCCUUCGGGACUAAGAGUCAGGCUGCAGUGACUCCUUAGUGUGGCCUUCGUGAGUCUCUUACACAGGUGAGAUCCGGACAGUCCUUAUUGUAGUCCGGUACAUGUAGUGGAGGCGAGGUCGCUUGUGGCACACGUACACGGGCAAUUUAGUCUCGUCAACUAUUGGACCGGUGCCCUCCCUCGGUGUCUUGAUUGUGCCGCGCCAUCAGAUCCCGGUGUGUGAGAAAUGGAUGUGCGAUAGAUGCUGCGCAAGUCAGUCACGGGCAAUGCGCCUACAGUGGGGCCGUAGAAUGAGAGUUGUGCACAGGCCUCAUCCAGUCACCGAAGCAGAUAACCAAAAUCCGUGCUUGAAGCGCCAGCACUUAAAGACACCCCGCCGGCGGACGCCUUCUCUGGUAUGCCAUCGGGGAGCUGUUUUUUGACUUCUAGUGGGCCUUUAAUUUUACCGGCUUUUUUUCCUUAUCAAGCUACCAAUUGCCGUUCGACCGACAUGACUGGGUGGUUGAUCGCUGUGGCAAGGACGUGCGCUACAUCAUUGACUACUAUGACGGUGAGGUGGACGAAGACCACAAUUUCGCCCUUCUUGACGUACGGCCUGCUCUGGACUCCUUCACUGCCUUCUGGGAUCGAGCGAAAGUCGCCUGGCUGCGGUGGACCAGUACCAGAUCACUGCCACCGCCAUCACCGCCGUCGGAUAAGUCACACUGA